UCGGCCCCGGCAAGAUGGCGGCCCCCUUGGAGCUCAGCUGCUGGGGAGGUGGCUGGGGGCUCCCUUCGGUGCACAGCGAGUGCCUGGUGGUGAUGGCGUAUGCCAAGUUUUCGGGCGCACCCUUGAAAGUCAAUGUCAUAGAUAACACCUGGAGAGGUCCAAGAGGUGAUGUACCAGUUUUGAUGACCGAAGACAGCAUUGUUUCUCAGCCUGCAAAAAUACUAAACUUUUUAAGAAAACAGAAAUACAAUGCUGACUGUGAACUCUCACCAAAACAAGGGGCAGACACCCUGGCUUACAUCGCCCUCCUGGAAGAGAAGCUUCUCCCUGCCGUGCUUCACACUUUCUGGGUUGAGAAUGACAAUUACUUUGCUGUGACAAAGCCAUGGUUUGCCUCCCGUAUCCCUUUCCCUCUGAGUUUAAUCCUGCCCGGAAGGAUGUCUAGAGGCGCACUGAAUAGGAUCCUCUUGACACGGGGAGAGCCGCCCCUCUACCACAUCCAGGAAGUGGAAGCGCAGAUAUACAGAGAUGCCAAGGAGUGCCUCAACCUCCUGUCAAACAGAUUGGGAACAUCUCAGUUCUUCUUUGGUGACACGCCUUCCACCUUGGACGCCUACGUGUUUGGUUUCCUCGCACCUCUUUAUAAAGUGCGUUUUCCCAAGGUUCACUUACAAGAGCAUCUGAAACAGCUCUCCAAUCUGUGCCGCCUGUGUGACGACAUCCUGGACAGCUACUUCAGACAUGGGCCCGCGGGCAUCUCUCCAGCUGGACAAGAAAUGAUAGACGUGAACCUGCGGAAACUCACACAACUUGUAAAUAAGGAAUCCAACUUAAUUGAAAAGAUGGAUGACAAUCUCCGCCAGAGCCCUCAGCUUCUUCCUCGGAAGCUGCCAACGCUCAAGCUGACUCCAGCAGAAGACGAGAGUAAUUCCUUACAGCGGCUGUCACCCUGACAGUCACAGCCUGUUGCAGCCAAUCUUAGGAUUGUUUGCAGUAGUCGCUUAUACUGAGUGCAUGGAGACCAAAAGAAAACUGCCGUAAUAGGUCUAAGGAAGACUGAAACAGAAGGAGCUGAACGUGACUUUCUUUUUAAACUAGGGAAGCUUUUAUUUCAUCUUCGCAGUGCAUUUUGAAUGCUAAGCGGGUGGGUGGAGCAAAUACAUGGUACUGUAUAUAAAAAGCUGCCUUAAUCAUGGCAGAUCUUUGCCUUUGGUUCAGGUGUUGCUGACGAAAAGCUGCAAUUCUGUUCUGAAUGUGCAUUUUUAAUUUAUUUAAGUUAAUUUAACUUUUCUUAAUCCUGUCUCAAUAACUAAUAUGUGGCUCUUUGGCUGAGAUCUUAAUCUUCUUUUUAGAAGUCUGAUGCCUAUUUCAGGAACUAGGAAAAAUAGAAAUUAUUUCAAUAGAAAAGCCUGAAUUUAACUUUAAAAAGCAGCAAGGAAUGUGCUUCUUAAUUAUUCUCUUGUAAGUCUGUUCCUCUUUGGUGGUUUAAUGGCACAUAUGCAGCUGUUGAGGCGGUUAUGUAACACGCAUCUGAUAGCACGUCAGUAUGAAUAAGUACUUCUGGUAUGUCUGCUCUAAGCUAGCAGAGGCCAAUGUGGCAGCGUAAGCCUGUGUAUUUUAGUACACAAUUGCCUACUGUCUCAGUCAUGUAUUAAUUCCAGAGCUGGACGUCUAGCUCAUCUUACUGUAUUUAGCUGAAAUCCUUAGUGAAGUGUGCUCAGCGAAUUCUUAAGCAUCCUUGGGAUGAGGGAUAAGCUACUAUGAGGGUCCUGGAGACACCUCCCAGGUGUCUGAGUGCUCCACACUUGACUCGAAACAGUUUGUUUCAUAGUAAGUGUAUCUUGUGCCCACACACUUUCUGACAAACUAUUAUUUCCUGUAUAUUUUUAAGUGCAUUUUUGGGAUCCAAAGGAAUAAGUCAAAAAUAACAAAUUUCUAAGGCAAUUUAUAUUUAUUGGUUACUGAAUGAACUGUUCAACAUUUGCUGAGUGUUGUAAUUUUACAUAUAAUAGGAACAUGCUUAUUUUAGUGGCUGAGGUGCUUCUGUUGUUCUAAAACCACUUCUGAGAUUUUAAAAUACAAGACUGUGUUUUGGGUUAGUGUCUUACAGGAUUACCAUGGUGCUCAGCGAAUGCUUACCAGAGUCUGCGGAAACCAGGCUGCGUUGUCUGGAGACUCAGCUUCUGUGAACAGAGCGUGGCUGCGUCUGGCUUGCAGGACCCCGGUUUGCUCUGUAUCUUGAUAGAUGAAAGCUUUACAUGAGACAAGGUAGUCCACAGUCCGUUCUCUCUGGGCAUGUAGGUCAGGUAGGCAGUGAGUUUCACAAUACUUCUAUAACAAAGGCUGUGUAUGUGAGUGAGUGUGUACUUGUGAGUAUGUGUGUGCUGUGUAUGUUGCUCAUCUUAGGCAAAUCACAACCAUAUGAAAUGUGAGUGUUUUGCCUUGAAAGUCAUGAUCAAGAGGCUCCGUUGUCUCUCAGACUGAUCUGUAUUGGUUAGUACAUUAAUCAGAUUCUGUUUAUACUUUAAUCAGGGCUAGUCAUUUUCAAUUGUGAUUUAAUAGUAAACCUUCCAAAAAGUAUUUGAAGAAGUUUACAGUAAUAAAACACAUGUAGAAAUAGGACAGUUAUUUUUGAAAAAUAACAAUUUCUAAGAGAAAGAAUCAUAUCAACACUACUAGGCUGUAAAAUCAAGUGUGAAAUCUAACUCUGUGGGUAAAGCUCGAAGAUAAUACUGAGCGAAAUUCUUCUAAUAAGGCUGCUGAUGUCUAGAUUAAACGUGUAAAACAGCAGUUCCCAACAUGUGGAUCGAGUAGCCCUUUCACAGGGGUCGCAUAUCAGAUAUGCUGCUUAUCAAUAUUUAUGAUUCACAUAGUAGCAAAAUUCAUUAUGAAGUAGCAGCAAAAAUAAUUUUAUGGUUGGGGGUCACUACAACAUGAGGACUAUAUUUUGAAGGGUCUCAGCAUCAGGAAGCUGAGAACUGGCAUAGAAGAACGCAGCAGGUCAUGUUCAGAAGACACUAGAGGUCAGCCAAGAAGUGUACGGUAAUAUUUUGUGCAGGAAACCCUUACUGAAAGGAGCUCAUUGUAGAAUCACGGGCAUUUGCCCUUUUCAGUGGUGAGGAUGACUGCUCGGAACUGCCUUUAGCCUUACAUUCUGUAGCCCGUGUGCUUGAAGACCACAUUUCUGAGGUGCAGAACCAGGGUUGGUAAGUAGGAACCUAAGUGCUGGCUUACUUAGUUCAGCUUUGUUUGCCUAACAAAGAUGAGAUGAGAGAAAACUAACCGAGCACAGGAUGCGUUAGAGACAAGCGCACAGAGAAGCUUUCAGUGGGAAGUGACUUCUUAGACUGGACAAAGGGCCCAUGGUCACCCUGUCAGGAUGUUUGUGCUUUGAAGCUUGAGUUUGCUGGGAAGAGUGAUCCAUGUGGCGGCGUAAAUGAAUGCAGACAGAUUAUAAAAAUAUAUACAGCUUUAAUAAGGAAAUAGUCUUACAGGACCACAGGUUCCCGCGGAGAACAGGAAAAGCAGAGCAAAAAAAGGGGCUGCUGGGAUCACGCCCGGCAGAUUUAUCAGUAAACAUUAGCCCAAGACGAACACGCACCCAAUGGGUGGGGCUAUAUCCCUACAAUCCAUGGCCUUGACCAAAUACUGUGAGCCAUUGUCUUUUGGAGGUGAUGGUGGAGGACAGUAUGAAAACAGGGACUCUGCUCAUUUUUAUGUUUGUUCAUAGUACAGAGCUAGAAAAAUUGGUUUGCUAAUUCCCACAAGGGAAUAAUCCUGAAUGAGCACUGUGUCACAGCGAUGACCUAAUGCUAAGGGCAUUGCAGACAAGGAGGAUGUGAUUCUCACAACUUUGACCUCAUGAAAGAUUCACAUUGCUAGCAAGUUUCAGUUGAAGUAUGUGAAUUGUUUCAGGGUACUAGAGGACCCCUGGUGAUUUUUUUUUAAAGCAACCAUUUUUAAUUCUAUUUGUAAUCUCUAACAAUUUACUAUUGAUAAAUAGAGUAACACCAAGGAACAGAGGCAUUUAUGUUAGAGCUUAGUUGAAAAUCUUCAAAGUCUCAAAAUGGGGGAAUUAACAUCGACAGAGGCAGAAACUGGUAAUGAAUAUUUUAAGAAAACCACUUUGUUCAGGUAGCUUCGUGUAAUAAAGUGGUAUUUGAAUUGGAUAGUGUUUCUUAGAACUUGUUUCAAGCAUAUGUACCUAAUGAGCUUGUUAAAAAUAAUUUUUGAUGAAAUGGGUUAAUUUUUUGAUAGCCACAAUCGUAACCACUCAGGAGAUAAAUGUUGAAGUAUGUGUGGGGCUGACAAGGUGGCUCAGUAGUUAAGUUAACUUGCUACUCUCACUGAGGGCUGAGUUCAGUGUCCAGGACCUAUGGCAGGUGGUUACUGCCUAAACUGUAGCCCCAGGGGAUCUGGUGCCCCCUUCUGGAAUCCAUGAGCUCCUGCACUCACAGUGUGCAUUUACCCCCAUACAUAUAAUUAACCACUAAAAUAAAUUAAAUAUACAUAGGAAGCUGAAUGAUAGAUAGGGCCAUGGGUAGCUCACUGCUAUUUUUGUAAUGCCUUAGGAGUCUAUAAUUAUUUCUAAAUAAAAGGGUUUUUAAAAGCCAACUUAAUAGAGUUAAGUUUGUCACUAUGUCUACCAUGUCUUAAAUUUUAACACUGCAGACCUAGUAUUUAUUUAGUUCCAAAUGAGAACUACAUUUUAUCUUACUAAAAUUUUUACUUUGUUCUUGAGUGCAGCUGGGGUCUCUAACAAAUCAUUCUCUGAAGUUCUCCUCUGCCAUACCAAGAAAGUUUUCUAAGAACUUUGCACCAAAAACUUAUUUUCCAUAAAAUAUCAAAAUGCUUAUGAUUUUAUGUUUCUAGUCUGUGUAUUUUUCCCUGUGACAACUGGGCUCAUAUUCAAGGACAAAAUAUUUUAAGGCCUUUUUCUGUCUUUGUGUGGUCAUUCAUUUUUACCAUGCAUUUUUUUCUCUCUGUAUUCGCAGUGUGGCACUGUGCUCACUGACGCCGCCCUUCCGUUGUGGAAGUGUGUUGUAGCCGUGCACUUCUGUUGUGAAAGCUGUGACGUAGCUGUGCCCUUCUGUUGUGGAAGUGUGACAUAGCUGUGCCCUUCCGUUGUGGAAGUGUGUCGUAGCCAUGCACUUAUGUUGUGAAAGCUGUGACGUAGCUGUGCCCUUCUGUUGUGGAAGUGUGACGUAGCUGUGCCCUUCUGUUGUGGAAGUGUGACGUAGCUGUGCCCUUCUGUUGUGGAAGUGUGACGUAGCUGUGCCCUUCUGUUGUGGAAGUGUGACGUAGCUGUGCCCUUCUGUUGUGGAAGUGUGAUGUAGCUGUGCACUUUGUUGUACAGCCAAAGGAUGUAAUUGAUUGUAUCUUGUGGUUGUUAUUAGAGUUAAUCCUGAGCAUAAUUUGGGUUGUGAUGAUUGCUUUUUGUGUAUGUUCUUGUUGGUUUAAGAAAAGAAAAAAAAGUUGUAUGUUUAUUCCCCCUCUUUUGCUGUUGUUCAGUUAUGCAAAGUUUACAUUUAUUUCUUAGUGUUUACAUAUUUCUUAAAUUUUAAAGAAAUCUGAGGUUAUGUGAGAUCAUAGCUCAGUGGUUUCACCCUAAAAAGUUUUAUUGAAGUGUCUUUGGAGUUCAGGGUGCUGGUUUGCAUAAUGAGGUAAGUUGGGGAGAGCUUUGGUUUUAGUUUUUAAGUGUUUGUAAAACAGUUUAGUGUAGAAGUUACAGUUGGGUGCUGUAGUUUCUAGGAGCCCAGGCUGCUUGUUGUGCAGUCAGGACUUGUCGUGACAGAAGCAAAUGCGGACUCUGGAAAUUAAAAAGACUUAAAAAAUGUUUUUCCCCCAGAAAAAUAUUCCAUGGAUUACUUAAAAGAAUUGGCGUUCUUGACCAAUGAUAUAAUAAAAGGGAAACUUGAGUUGAUUGCUCAUGAAUAGUGAGGGGUAUGUUGUGAAGAAUCUUACUCAAACAGAAUAAAGUAGCUUCUUUAAAAGGAAAAAAGACGGACUGUUUUGUGCCCUCAUUAUUAUUAAUUUGAAAUUAUAAGGUAAAAACAUUUAGUUUAUGCAAGAAUAGUUUCUAAAAGGGUAUUUGGCAGAAUAUAUUGUUCUAAUAAGUUUGGAAAAUUCUGGAUUAGUCAAAGCUGAGUUGCUGUAGGCUUUUCAGAACCUUUGAUGUGUAAAUGUGUGGCUUGGUUUCCAGCUUCAGAGAUGUUUUAUUUUAUUAGCAGAGAGGGCGAUCUGAAUGAGGCUGCGUGUGGACACAUGUAGAGAGUACACAGUCUGAACGAGGCUGCAUGUGGACACAUGUAGAGUACACAGUCUGAACAAGACUGCGUGUGAGCACAUGUAGAGAGGAGACAGUCUGAACGAGGCUGCGUGUGGACACAUGGAGAGAGGAGACGAUGUGAACAAGGCUGCGUGUGAGCACAUGUAGAGAGUACACAGUCUGAAUAAGGCUGCGUGUGAGCACAUGUAGAGAGGAGACAGUCUGAAUGAGGCUGUGUGCAGGUACAUGCUCGUCUCCCAGGAGGGUUCAUCAUCUCCACUGGGCACCUCCAUUUAAUGUACUGUUUCCCUAACUUAUUUUACUGUGGAUUUUUUUAAGUAGGAGUUUCAUGGGAUUUGAGUUCUGAGAAAUUUCCUAGGAGAACAUUUAUGUUUUGUUUUGUGUUCAUUUCAAGGUUCCUGUCUUUGUGUUCUUCUCUAGUGGUGGAGAGGGUAACUGGGCAAGCUUUAUUUCAUUUCCGAGUAUGAACCAUCUCACCAGUGAGGCAUGUGGCCCUUUUUAGCCCCUGCAACAUACACAGUUGCAGGCUUGGCAUUCAGGGUUUGGAUGUGAAAGCUCGCCUUUGGCCUCUGAGUUCUGUGUGAUGGCAAAAGACUUAGCCACAUGAAAAGCUCUUAGAUCUUAGUUCUAGCGCUUCAGUUUUCCUCUUGCAAAUCAGAGCGAUGUCUUUUAAUCAUGUAGUUUACGUGUUCCAGAUCCUUGGAAACCACAGGAAAUGACCUGCCAGAGUUUGCAUCGGCCCUCUGAGAGUCGAUUGGGAUGGAGAGGGCCAUGCUGGCUGCUUGGUCUUUGGUCCAUGGGCUGCUGGCCUCUUGAUCUGUUGGAGGUAUACACAGCUUUAGUUAAGUGCAGAUGUGCUGGGUGUCUUGUGAUUUAUUUUAUUUUGUAAAACUGAAACUGAAAUGUUUGUAACUUAGCUUUAGCUUUCUGGAAGGUAACAGUGAACACUACAAGAACUACAUGUGUGUGCAUAUUGGCUCCAUCUCCCCCUGCCUAUCUUUGAAUAGCAAACAUUUUUUAAUCACCUGUCUAGUGUGCAAAUACGAUACUCUUCUAUAAAGUAAACUAUCAAAAUAAGCAAUGCCAGCCAUGGUCUCAUAUUCUAGCCUUGCCUACUGUGAAUGUAUUUUACCUAAAGCUGAUGUAUAAAUGCCCAGAAGUGGAAAUGAUGAUCACUGUUGUUAAGAAUUUAUUCUGAUAAAUGACAAACUGGAUAUAAUCUCAAAAUAGCUAUUUUCUCAAUAAAACUUCAA